ACUCGUCUCCAGGAUACCCUGACAGGACUUCAGCGGGGUUCGACUAUACAAAUAAAGCCUCAAGCUUAGAGGCAUGUAUAAACUAGAUUCAUUUUAUGGUCAUAAUCGAAAAUAACGCGUUGACUAGAGCAGAGGCCUUAUAUUUAAUAGUUCCCUGUUCACUCUCAAGGUCUCUCUCUCACUUGUACGACAAUUUAUUCAUUUAUUCUUCUCAAACAAAAUGCUUUCUCCCAUCCUCCUUGUAGCAUUCCUAUCUAUGCUUUUCAUUCCUUCCCUAGCACAGGGCGAUUCCACUCCUUCUCGAGCAGCACCACAGCCAGAGUCAGAGCCCAAAGAAAUCACCUUUGCGAUCCAUACGGAAUGCAACAAAUAUCCAUUGGUACGACUUGAGAUUGAAGAAGCUAAGCGCAUGGCCGAAGAAGCCAGAAGCAUAUUGUCGCAGUCGCCGUCGGAGUUGACAAGCCUCUCAACCGCCAGGUUCAAACUGAUCUUCGGUACCAAACCUAGCGAGGACCCCGCGGCUAAAACCAAAGUACUCAACGUCCUCAAAACAUUCGCGGCCCUUCGAGAGGUGAACUCCUUUGGUUCCGCAGAGAUCCAAUUCUACUGCGGCGAUAGUCGCUGGGGCAAAAUCCCCGAAGUGUCAAAAGAAACGUUCGACGUAUUGAAGAGGACGGUUGGGCGGCUUGGCCUUGGCCGCAAAGACCUGGCAGAUAUGCGUAAAGCCGGAAAACCGCUGUACAUUGAUCCGCAAGGCAUGAUGUUCACUACGGAAUCCCCAAACUGCAAGGACCCUGACAACAUCGCGGAAACCUACACUGGUAACCUGCACCGCUAUAUACCCAAGCGAGUGCCGGAGCUUCGUGCAACAAUCUCACUGUGCAACAACUAUCUGGAUGACGCGCAUGAAGAUCCGAAAGCUUUAAUUAGUAAAACUAUCGUAGGAGUUUUAAGAGACGCAGGACCUCAGAGGGUCUCAGACAUUCUGCUAGAUGAAUUGAGACCGUACAUGAGUCCGACUAUCCUGCACACUUUAUUACAUAUACCGCAUUUUGCGCGUAAGUCUACCCAGUCUGUACACCACCAUUUGCAGGGAGAAUUGCUCGCUUUUAGCACCUUUUGCUCUUUUUAUUUCGGCAUAUCUCUGGCUCUCGGGUGUUAACGCGGUGAUGUAGUGAACAAGAUGUCCAGUAAAUACGAAAAGUAUACCUGGGAUGGUGUGGUACAGAUGUCCAGAAGUAAUCCGCUC